AUGGAGUCAACCGUGCUGAAUGGAAGGAUGGCUAGAUGGAAAAUUUUACUCUCUGAAUUUGAUAUAGUAUAUGUAAAUCAAAAGGCUGUCAAAGGGAGUGCAAUAGCAGACUUUUUGGCUAGUAGAGCUCUAGAGGAUUAUGAGCCUUUAGACUUCGACUUCCCGAAUGAGGACUUGAUGAACGUGGCAACUGCUGAAGAGAAUUCUCAAGAAAAUCAUCCUUGGAAGCUGAACUUCGACGGAGCAUCAAGCGCUGUAGGUAAUGGGAUUGGGGCAGUCCUUAUAUCCCCUAAUGGAGAUCAUUACCCUUUUACCAGUAAGUUGGGGUUUGAUUGCACUAAUAACAUGGCCGAGUAUGAAGAUUGCAUUAUGGGUAUACGGGCUACCAUGGAGCAGAAAAUUAAAGUACUAGAGGUAUAUGGAGAUUCAGCAUUGGUGAUAUACCAACUCAAGGGGGAAUGGGAAACUAGAGACCCAAAAUUAAUUUGUUACCGGAGAUUGGCUCUGGAGUUGAUCGAGGAGUUUGACAGUAUUACUUUUUGUUAUCCUACGCGAGAAGAAAAUCAAAUGGCUGAUGCUUUGGCUACCCUAGCCUCUAUGAUCCAGGUGAACAAACUAGAAGACAUGGAGCCUAUUCAAAUCAGCAUUUAUGAGACCCCGGCUCACUACUACAGUAUUGAGAAAGGGGAAAACGAUGAUCAUCCUUGGUACCAAGGUGUACUACAGUAUGUGAAGAAUCGUGAGUACCCUGAUCAAGCAACAGAGAAUAAUAAGAGGACGUUGAGGAGGCUCGCCAUUGACUACGUCUUAGAUGGAGAGAUUUUAUAUAAGAAAGGAAAGGAUCAAGUACUAUUGAGAUACAUGGAUGCUGUCGAGGCCAAGAGAAUUUUGGAAGAAGUCCAUGAGGGUAUCUGCGGUACGCACGUCAAUGGUUUCAUAAUGGCCAGACAGAUCAUGAGGUUCAGGUACUACUAG